AGUUAAUAGCAAAUAAAAUAAAGGAAUAAGUAAUACUACUACACAAGUUCAUAGUUUCUGAAGAACACGUGCUAAUGCUUCUCUCUCUUCAAGGGUCUGCACUUGUGGUGAAAUUAUUUCAAAAAAUUUGUGCUAUAGUUAUUGGCGAUACAGCGAAAAAAUCGCUUAUGUGGAUGGUAAAAAGGAAUUAUCCACAACAUUGUACUCGACACCAUGGGGCAAAGGAGUAUGUCAUACAAUAAUCAAAUAAUUGAUUUGGAAGCAGAUCAGCGGAGUCAAGAGUAUAUCCCACCGGAGCCUUUGUUGUACGGGAGCUUUACAGCUUGUCCACAUCCAAAUGUCCACACUAUAGUACCAACUCUAGGGAACAAUGCUAAUUUCUAUUUGCACCAUCUACCAGACCCUCGAGAAGGCGGUUUACUUUAUGGGAUGUCAUCGUCCAAUGGGGUUCAACCGCGCCAUCCUGCCACCAACGUUGACACAGCAAUUGCAACAUCAUCAAAUCACUAUAUCCCUUGCGUGGCUGCUCCAUCUGCAUCGACAGAUUUUCCAGUUCCAGUAAAUCAUGGGUUACAUGAUCGGCGUCCAUUCUCAAGCACUCACGGCAUCCUUGGAAUUAGCGCAGACAGUUUUGGUAGGAAUGAUCCUUAUAUGGACAGUGUCAGAGGCUCAGUUAAGCAAAAGAAUCAUUCUGCUCUGGGGGGGCGUAGUACUUCCGUCGUCCCAGUGAUCACUAGAGCACGUGAAUCUGAUGUUUCUUUGACGGAUACUGUAUCAUUCACUCCAUAUGGAGGGAAUGAGUCAUCAUCGUCCACAGAAGAUGGAGUACAGAGAAGUGGUAGGAACAGAUCUGCUAGUGAUCCAGAUACUGUAUUGCAAAAUAACAACAAUCAUCUGCUUCAAGGAAACUAUGUUGGCCAAGCCUAUCAGUUUCCUGGCGAUCCUUGGUUGGAUCUGCCUUUCAAUAGUAGCGGUGCUGAGGCUGAAACUUGGGCCUGGAAUCAGGCUGCUCCUUUACCAUAUCUGCCAGGUGGCUGUAUAGAUGCUGGAAACAUGGGUGUGCAAGGUUACCAAGUAACUGCCAGCAACGGAGGUUUGACUAGUUUUCUGUAUCCACCUAUUCCUCACGGACCACCCAACCAUCAUCACCCGCCACCUAAUACGCAAUCUGUGGGGGGCCGCAGUAUGAGCUUCUCUCCGCAGAUGACAUCAUCUUCACACAGAAAUCUACGAAAUAGUUUGUCCAAUCGCACUAAUAAUCCAUUCCAAGGUGUUGUAGAGGGAGGGUCUAGAUAUAUCGGACCCUUCCCACCGACUGGCUUUAGGUUCUACAGACCUCAUCGAAGGGAAUUCAUGCUUGAAACAAAUACACAACAAAGCAACCUCCCUAACAUGAGAGUUUUGCUAGAAAAUGGAGUGGCAAUGCUGGAUGUUCCAGGGUACCAUGAAGUUGGUGAUGCUGUUGAUCAGCACAGAGAUAUGCGUUUGGACAUAGAUCACAUGUCUUAUGAGGAACUUCUUGCACUGGGGGAACAAAUUGGCGAAGUGACCACUGGUUUAUCAGAGGAAGCCAUUGGUACCAAUUUGAAAACGAGAAUUUUUUUGUCUUCCGAGACUCCUUGCCCUCAUGAAAAUGCUACAUGUUUAGAUCACAAAACAGAUUUCUGUGUCAUAUGCCAGACUGAUUACGUAGACCAAGAAAAGAUUGGCAUUCUUGAGUGCAGGCACGAGUAUCAUGAAGAGUGCGUAAAGAAAUGGUUGAUUGGGAAAAAUACUUGUCCUAUCUGCAAAUCCACAGCAUUGUCUACAGAGAAACUCGGAUUGUGAAUACAGGGAGUUGGUUCAGUUGAUGGUGGGUCGAUAAGUUAAAAAGAGCGGACAUUUUUUUUUUUCUCUUGUUAAAUAUUUAUUCUCCAAGAAGAGGAAAAUGUUCCUGAAACUGUAUUAUAAUUUGUACAUACUUUGUGCAGCAGUCCCACCUCUGUUGAGCUGAAGCUGUACAGACUUUGUAAGUUUUGUUCAAUCUUGCAUGCUUUCUGUAUGGACGUUCCUGUUAAUAUCUUAUGUAUCAA